UCUCACUCUCACUCUACCUGGUUGCUUUACUUUUUUCAGUUGUCACUGUUCAGUUAGCUCUCCGCUGAUCCAUUUUCUGGCUUCUCCAUCGUUUUCAUUUCUGGGUUUUGUUGAUUCAGUUUGUUGUCAAAUGGAGAGAAAACAGGGUUUUUUUUCGGCGCUAAAAGAGGAAGUGGUUAGAGGGCUGUCGCCGGGGAGGUCCCGAUCGAGGUCAAGGGCCCAAAGUCCGGCGAGAAGUAGGUCACCAAUGUCGGGUCUUCUAAGACGGAGGAGGGGUCAUGGCCACCUCCACAUGCCGCACCCGGACCAGUUAAUUGCAAGAUCCGGAGGUCUGAGGCCUGCAGAGGCAUUAUCCCCGCUGAAGGAGGGUCCGGAUCCGGACGGUAAUGAUGGCGGAGAUUCCAGGAUGGAGGGUAGGUGGGGCCAUUGGAUGAAGGAAAAGCUUUCGAGGACGCCGUCAAUUGCUAGCUCGGCCUUCAAGCGGUCCGAUCUGAGGCUGCUGCUUGGGGUCCUCGGUGCGCCACUCGCGCCUGUACACGUUUGCACCGGCGACCCUCUGCCUCAUCUCAGCAUCAAAGAUACUCCAAUUGAAACUUCAUCGGCUCAGUAUAUAUUGCAGCAGUACACAGCAGCAUCAGGAGGGCAAAAGCUUCAAAACUCUAUUCACAAUGCAUAUGCCAUGGGAAAAGUGAGGAUGAUAGCUUCUCAGUUUGAGACUGGCAACAAGGUGACUAGGAGCCGGAAUUCCUCCAAGGCUGCAGAGUUGGGUGGCUUUGUUUUAUGGCAGAUGAAUCCAGACAAAUGGUAUGUGGAGCUUGCACUCGGUGGCAGCAAAGUUCAUGCUGGCUGCAAUGGACAGCUUGUGUGGAGGCACACACCAUGGCUUGGUGCACAUACUGCAAAAGGUCCUGUUAGACCUCUACGACGUGCUCUUCAGGGUCUUGACCCAGGAACAACUGCAAGCAUGUUUGCAAAUGCAAGAUGUAUUGGGGAGAAGAAGAUCAAUGAAGAUGAUUGCUUUAUCCUCAAGCUUUGUACUGAUCCGGCCACACUGAGAGCUAGGAGUGAAGGGCCUGCUGAGAUUAUUAGGCAUGUCUUGUUUGGCUACUUCAGCCAGAAAACAGGGCUCCUUGUUCACCUCGAAGACUCCCAUUUGACUCGCAUCCAAAACAACGGAGGUGAUGCUGCUUAUUGGGAGACAACAAUCAACUCGUUUCUUGAUGAUUACAGGCCAGUGGAUGGAAUAAUGGUUGCUCACUCAGGGCGCUCUGUUGCAACCCUUUUCCGCUUUGGAGAUACUGCAAUGAGCCACACCAGGACCAGGAUGGAAGAAGCAUGGGCAAUCGAGGAAAUGGCAUUCAAUGUUCCUGGCCUGUCAGUUGACUGUUUCAUCCCUCCUGCAGAACUAAGAUUCGCAUCUGUGAGUGAAACCUGUGAGCUUUCACAGGUUCGUGGAGUAAGACCUGCUGUCCCUGCAUCAGCUUAUCGUGCUAAAGUUGUUGAGUUUGAGAAACGUCAUGAAAAUGGUGCUAACAAUGCUGCUUGGAGGGGCCAGCUGAGCUAGGUUAUCAAAUUUCCACUUUUUUUGAUGAUGUCUCUUCUAAUUUGUAAAUAGAGCGAAGUCAUUGGCAUAUUUCUGCAAGAGUUUUGGUUUAAUUUAUAGUCCUGUUGGGGAGGGCUUGGGCUAGUGAUGACAGAGCUAUCGAGUAGACUUGUUUUCCAUAUAGCUCCUAUCUACAUAUGACAGGAAGUAGUGAUGUUGGAGCAUCCCUUUGCUUGUAGAAUUCUUGUAAGCACUUCGACAAAGGUAUUAGAUCACGCUAGAUCAUUUUUCAUAUACAGAUACCUUGUAAUACCGUUAUUUUUUGGUAGUUCCACGAUGAAGAAUGAAUGUGUAAUCUUUUAGCAAGAGCCAUAGCUAUUCUGAAAGUUGG